UAUCAGUACUUGAAAAUGGUUGGAAAACAAGCUUUCAUUAUUUUCUCCUUAGCUUAUUUGACUAUUGUGUAUUGUUUAGAAACUAAACUUUGUAAAACUUCUUACAUAACAUUACGAGGAAGAGUCAGAAAAGUGGUUGACAGUAAAUGUCGGUGUCCGGAAAAUUACGUUAUGCUCAGAGGACAAUGUAGAUAUGCUCCGGACUUUUUAAGACGUUGUCCAGAUGGUUAUUUAAUUUUAUUCGGAAUGUGUAGAAAAAUUGAAGACUCCAAAGUGCUUUGCCCUGAGGGUUACAUAGUGAUAUUCGGAAUGUGCAGGAAAGUGAAAGAACGUGAAGUGAUCUUAAACCCAUAAAUAUAAUUUUAAACGGCGCGGUUUGAGACUAACACAAUGGAGAUCACCUGUUGUGUCUUGAUAAAAUAAUAAACCGUAAAUUUAUUAUCUCAAACUACUUACUCGUAACUAUGUAGAUGUAAUCAAAUUUCAAUAGGAAAACAUGCAAGGAUAUGGAAAAAAGUAGAAAAUGCAUACUGAUAAGAAGGAAAAUGAUCGCGAACCGUCUUGGUCUCGAAUUCCUGUACGAAAUUUUAGAGUUUUUCACAUUGUUGAUCAGGACCACGAGACCAAUAGACGAUUGUUUAAUCGCAUCGUAAAAUCUAACUGAUUAUUCCAACAAAACCUUCUGUUAUCAUACGAUAACAUACAAGUCACAUCUCAGUGCAUUAAAUAAAUUUAUUGAUAACAAUUUGAAUUUAAAAACAUUGUCUCUUAGAUUAUUA